UCAGAAGGAGGAAGCUCUCCAGCUUUGAGGAACCAGUUGAUCAGGAGCAUGCACAGCUAAAGGAGAGGCAUGGGAAAGGGGGAGAGGAAACACUGACACUGGCUGCUGAGGAUAUACUGGCAGGCAAGAAAUGCUCCCCAUGACCACAGUUAAGCUGGUGGAGGGAUGGAUGGAGUGAGCUGCCUGAGCCAUGAAAGCAGGAACCAACAUGAAGAUGGCUGGGAAGACUGUGUAUGUUUUUGUGCUGCUCACCAUCACCAAGGUCAUGAGAUUAUCAGGGAACAGCAGAGUGUCAGUGACUGUAGGUGACAGCUCAGUACUCACCUGCCCUCUCAAAGGAAAUAUCACUAUGCUGACAUGGACAACAAGCCCCAAGGCUGGAGGCUCCUGCUCCUUGGUAUACAGGGCUGAUAAGAACAUGACAAACAGAACAAACUGCUGUGACAACAUAAACUUGAUAUUCAGACCACGUCUGGCUCCUGCCCUUGAGAUACGGCAAGUGGGAAUAGCCCAGGAGGGAAAUUACAGCUGCGAAAUGGUAUCAACAGAGGGGAAUUUCCCCACGACGUACCACCUGACUGUGCUGGCCCCCCCCAGGCCGAGCCUGUACUGUGAUGAGCAGGGGAGCCCCGUGUGCAAGGCAGCGGCAGGGAAGCCGCCGGCUCAGCUCUCGUGGGUCCCAGAGAGCAGCUCCACUGCAGAGGAAAAAGGCCACGACAACGGGACAGUGACUGUUCUCAGCAGGUUCACAGCAAGUAACACCAGUGUGACCAAUGUGACCACCUGCAUGAUGUCCCACCCAGCUGGGAACUGGAGUGAGUCCAUAGCGUGUUAUCCCUUAGAGGGAGACAGCUUUAUCCAGUAUGUCUACGCCAUUCCUUGUGUUCUGCUCAUUAUAAUCUUGUUGGGUGUCAUUCACUAUUUCAAGCUCUGCAGUGAUAGACCAUGCCACAAAACCAAGCCUCCUGAAAUUGCUCCUGCACAUUCCCAACAGGAUGACACGAUGGAAGUGGAACCUUAUACUACUUAUGUGCAGAAGGAGAAUGUAAUUUACAACUCAGUGUCUGAUCUGACAGUGGGGCAGAAUCUUCCACAAGACCUGUGUACAGAAACAUGAAUGAUUCAACAACACCGGAAAAGGAAAGAGGUACUUUAUAGAAGACUGCUUAUAGAAAGAAACUUCUCAGAGGAUUUCUUCAGAUUUUGGAGCAGCAUAGACCACUAGGUCUGUUCAAACACCUCUGCCUGCUGAUGAGUCCAUAGUUCUUUUUUUCCCCAUUUUGCUUUCUUCCUUGGGAAAAUGUGUUAUUCCUUGGGAAGACGUGACAGACCACACACCACAGUUUUUCCUGGAAAAGAAGUUGUGACCAGUCUUCCCUUUGCUGUUCUUGCCGUGGAGAUCCUAGUUUUGUCAGUCACUUGUAGUUACUUUGAUGCACUUGACACUAUGAUGCACACAUUUGGGAGACCAGAGGAGUGUUAUGUCUGAACUAAAAUGAAACACUCUUCCACCAACAGCCACUUUUUUCUAAUUCAUAUGUUAGUAACAUGUGACCUGAGUACUGAUCAUCACUGAAUACCUCAAAUAGCAGAAGAUAAUGGUAGGGAAGACUUGGGUUUUGAAAAUGGAAAUAAGGGAGAAAUUUAGAAGGACAUCCACUAAGAAAGAGACUGCACUAGCAUGACUAAUUCACUUGUUAGGUUCAUAUCCAGUAUUUUGAGAAGCCAUUAUGGGAUGUCAUCCAGAAGAACCUGGACAAGGUUAAGAAGAGGGCCAAUGGGAAUCUCAUGAGGUUUAACAAGACCAAGUGCAAGGGGUUGCACCCAGGCUGAGACAACCCCCAGUAUCAACACAGGCCAGGGGAUUGAGAGCAGCCCUGCUGAGAAGGACUUGGGGUGGAUGAGAGGCUGGACACAGCCCAGCAACAUGCACUUGCAGUCCAAGAAGCCAAACACAUCCUGGCUGCAUCCAAAGCAGUGUGGCGAGCAGGGGAGGGAGGGGAUUCUGCCCCUCUGCUCUGCUCUGGUGAGACUCCACCUGCAGUGCUGCAUCCAGCUCUGGGGUCCUCAGCACAGGAGGGACAUGGAUCUGCUGGAGCAGAUCCAGAGGAGGCUAUCAAGAUGAUUAGAGGGAUGAAGCCCCUCUCCUAUGAGGAAGGCCUGAGAGAGCUGGGAUUGUUCAGCCUGGAAAAGAGAAGGCUGCAGGGUGACCUAAUUGCAGCCUUCCAGUACCUGAAGAGAACCUGCAAGAAAGACAGAGAUGGACUUUUACAAGAGUGUGCAGUGACAGGGCAGGGGGGAAUGAAUUCAAACUGAAAGAGAGUAGGUUUAGAUUAGAUAUUAGGAGGAAGUUUCUUUUCUGUGAGGUGGUGAGACAC